AUGAUGCACAGCACAAAUUUCAGUACACAUCCACCCAGGCUCGGAAGGACGAAAUAUUUGAUGUGGGAAAAAGGGAAAGAAUUGUUUUACAGAGGAGCGGGGAUGUUUACAUCCACGCAAGCAAGCAAACUUGACCAAAUCGCCAACAUUCAAGCUCGCUCUGCCCGUGAAAGGGAUGCUCAAGUGCAGACUACUCCGAUUAUCAUCCAGGACGAAUAUAUCACAAAAACCGUCUCGGACAAGCAGGUGGAUUUGAAAUACGCAUAA